AUGGAGAAUGGAAUGCAAGAGAAUUGGCAGCAGCUUUUGCUUCCUGGAAGGCUCAUUGGAGAGGCACUAGCACAAGACGACCAUUUCCUUUCUUUGGAGGAGUGCUGCACAGCUGGAGUUGGCAGUGCAGACUACGACUUCAGCUCCCCCCAGUUCACUGCAGAGAUUGCGGGCAAGGGCUUGCCAAAUUUCGGUGCUGCACAUUUCACUCGGCAAGGCAUGCUUCCAGAAAUUCAGAGGUUUUGGCGUUCUUUCGACUCGAGGAUCGUGCUUUGGAAGUAUGCUGAUCUGGAUAUGCAAGAGAUGACUGACUACACGGGCGUGAGAUCCUGA